GUCUAUAAGUUUUUAGUUGUUUUUAAAAGUUGUUAAGUAAAAGCUUAUUUUUUGUUGUUUGCUGUUAUACUUGUUGUUCAUGUGUUGUUAAAAACACGUCUCACGAACCAGCUGAGUUUUUUUAUUCUGAGUACCGAUAGGACGUGACCAUACAUUUCAUGUCAAACUGACACCGUCAGACUAAAAUUACGUCACACUCGAAUGCCGUUACAAUCUGCCGCGAACUUUUUCGUUUGGACUACGAACGGCAAACUUUUUCUCAUCGAGGAAACCCUUUUGGAAGCUAAGUUUACAGUGUGUCUCGCGAGGGAAACUACAGGGGAGUUCGAAUCCUUAAAGACGGAGUAUACCAAGCACACGUCAGGCCAUCUGACCAAUUGAGAUGCAGAAAGGAGUACGUCAAGAAAUUAUAUAAUGGAGCUUUCGAAAAUAGAUACGAUAAAGAUGAAGAAAAAGGUGUGAAAAUCUUUGACGUUGCAGAACAGAAAGCAAAAGCUUAGAAUAUGUUGACAUGCGUAUAGUUACGUAUUGUAUAUUUUACGAAGAUAUGUCCUAGAACAGAGUAUUUAUAGCAUUUAAGCUGAGUUUCUAUUAUAAAAAACUUCCUCAGGUCACUAGAUUCAGUUACUAGUAGCUUGUAGUAUAAUGAUAUUUAUUGUGUUUUAAAAAACAUAACAAUAAAGCACUAGAGAAUACCUUUUGGAUGAACUUAACUCUAC